AUGGUAAAGUCUUAUGAUAGAUAUGAAUUCGAAGAUUGUUUUGGGAUUGUAAAUUCCCGAAGUUCGAAUUGUAUUUUUUUUAAUACCAACCAUAUAUUAACUGGCCAUGAUGAAGAAGUAAGUUUGUGGAACAUCCAAGAAAAGGAAAUAAAAAAAAAAUUGACAGUCCCAUUUGUGCCUCCAUAUUAUUUUUUUACAUAUCAUGUAACAUAUAUGUGUUUAAGUGAAAAGAAUAAAAAUAUUUUGGCAGUUGGAUAUAUGAAUGGUUCAAUUAGAUUAUUCGAUAUUUUUCAAAAUAAAAUACUAUCAACUUUUAGUGGUCAUACAUCAGGUAUUACAAAAUUAAAAUUUAAUAAAGGUAAUUAUUUAUGCUCAUGUAGUAAAGAUACAAAUAUAAUUUUAUGGGAUAUAAUUAAUGAUAAAGGUAUGUAUAAAUUAGAAGGGCAUACAAAUGCUGUCAAUGAUAUUGAAUUUUUAGAAAUAGAAAAUCAUUAUGUAGAUAAUUUUAUAAAUAAUAAUUUAUUAGUUAGUGUAUCUAAAGAUGGGUUAAUUAAAUUAUGGGAUCUAAAUAUUCAAAUGUGUAUUCAAACUAUUGUUGAUUGUGAAGAUGAAAUUAACUGUUUAGUGGUUAAUGAGACUAAUACUCGAUUAAUAAUAGCAUGUAAUAAUACUUUAAGGAUAUAUAAAAUUGAUUUAUUUUCAAAUAUAAAAGAUAAAUUUACUAAUUCUAAAAUAUAUAUUAGUUUUUUAUCUGUAAUUAAAAGAUCAAAUAAUUCUAAAAUAAUAAAUAUGAAAAUAUGUUUAUUAGUUGAAGAUGAACGUGGUCAAAACCCUGAAGAUAUGCAUCUGCUUAUGUCUCAAAAUGAAGAACCGAUAGAUGCUUUGAUAAAUAAUGAAAAUAAUGACAAUAAUGAAAAUUCAGAAAAUGUAGAACAAGAAAAAAAGAUUAACAUUUUAAAUAAUUCAUUAGAUAAUACAAAUAGAAUCUGUAACAGAACUAGCUAUUCUAUAAAUGGAGAUAAUAAUGGUAUUCUUAUUUGUUGUUCUAAUUUAAAAAAAAUAGAAAUAUAUAAAAUAAAUUCAAUACAAAAUCAAAAAAAAUCUGAAAAAAAUAAAAAAAAAAGAUAUAUAACAAAAUUAAAAAAAAAAAAAAAUGACCUUAUUAAUGAACAAACAAAGAUAUUAAAAUUUAAAGGAAAAAAAAGUAUAGAUUAUAUUAACAUAUCUCAAAAGUUAAAUCAAAUUGAAUAUGAAUUAUCUAUUCAUAAUAAAUAUGAUAUACAUACUGUAAAAGAUGAAAUUAAAUAUGUCUUUGAUUAUACUUGUAAAUAUAGAUUGCAAAAUAUAGAUAUAUAUAAAAAGAGGAAAACAGAUACAUCUGCUUAUCUCUUGGUCUCAUACACAACUAACAGUUUGAAUGUCUUUCAAGUUAAUCUAUUUGACAUUUUGAAUAAUCAAGAUAUGUUCAUUCUGAAGAAGGGUGAGGAAAGCGAGGGUGAGGAGAAUGAGAAUGAGAAUGAGAAAGGUGAGGAGAAUGAGAAAGGUGAGGAGAAUGAGAAAGGUGAGGAAAGCGAGGAAGAAAGCGAUGAAGGUGGUGAUGAAAAUGGUGAAGGCGACGAAAAUGGUGAAGGCGACGAAAAUGGUGAAGGCGACGAAAAUGAAGGUGGCGAAAAAAACGCGUUAGCGGGAAAGAUAGUGGAAAAAGUGAUAUAUGAUUAUUCUAAAUGCUUCAAAGAAAUGUGCCAAAUUAACAAUGGACAUAACAAUUCUGUUGAUUUUAUUAAUUUAUCAGAAAAUAAUGAAUAUUUAAUUUCGAUAUGUAAAAAAUGUGUGAAAAUUUGGAAUCUAAAAAACUAUCAAAAUAUAAUAACACUAAAAUUGGAAGGGUGCACAAGUGCUAUUUUUUGUGAGCAAGAUGAAUAUAUAAUAAUAAGUAAUGAUGUUGGUGAAAUAAUGUUAUAUGAAUUAAAAAAUAUAGAAUUAAAAUAUAUUGUCAAAGGACAUGCUAAUAAAAUUAUUACUUUAUAUCAGAAUCCAAAACAAAAAAUGAAUUUUUUAUCUGUAGGCAUGGAAAAUUAUCUAAAAAUUUUUCGUCUCAUUAAUGAAAAUACUUCUAACAAUAUUGAGGGGGAAGAAAAUGAAGAAAAUGGAAAAAAUGGAAAAAAUGAAGAAAAUGAAAAAAAUGAAGAAAUAAAUUCGAAUAAAAAUAGAAUUCGAUUUAAAGAAAUUGAUUAUUAUAACUUAACAGAUAAAGUAAGUUGUGCUAUGUAUUCACCAAAUGGUCAAUAUAUAUGUAUAGGAUAUUUAAAUAAUUUAAUUGAAGUGUUAUAUAGUGAUAGUUUAAAAUUACAUCUAACUUUAUAUGGACAUAGUUUACCAAUCACAUGUAUAGACAUAUCUAAAGAUAAUAAAAUAUUAGCUUCAAGUUCAUCAGAUAAAUUUUUAUUUAUUUGGAAUUUAGAAUAUGGUAGUAUAAAUAAAAGAUUACAUAUUAAUUGUGAUGUAUUAACUAAAAUAAAAUUUUUUAAUGAAACAAAUAAUUUAAUAAGUAUAUCUUCUGAUGGAUAUAUAAAAAUGUGGGAUGCUAUUAAGUUUCAAUGUAUAUGUACAAUUGAUGGUAGAUUCGGAACUCUUACAUCUUUAAUUAUAAGUUUUGAUGAUAAUUUGUUUAUUACUUCUGGUAGUCAUAAAAGUAUAAGAUGUUGGAAAAGGGGAGAUGAUUUAAUAUUUUUAGAAGAAGAAAAAGAAAAAGAAUUAAAUUUAGAAAUCGAAAAAGAAGCAACUAGAAAUGAUUUAUCAUAUCCAUCUUCAAUCGAAAAAAAUGUUAUAUUAAAUAAAGCAACAAUAAAAACAAUUGAAGUAAUAAAAUCAAGUGAAAAAUUAAUUGAAUAUUUAGAUAUUGUAGAAGAAGAAAUAACAUUAUUAGAAACAUAUUAUAAAAAUUUAACAGAAUAUCAAGAAGCAAAAAUAAAAAAUGAAUUACCUGAUUUUGUAGAACCACCAAAUAAACCUAAUUCAAGACCCGAAUUAUUAAAUCAAAAUCCAUAUGAAUUUAUUAUUAAGAUAAUGUGUAAUAUUAAAAAUAAUAUAUUAAAUGAAAUAAUAAUUUCUUUGCCAUUUUAUUAUGCAUAUAAAUUAUUAAUUUAUAUGAAAACAUAUUUAAUGUCAUUUUAUUUUUUUCAAAAAAUUCAAGAAAAUUAUAAUAAAUAUUUGGCAUGUGGAAAUUUGAAUUUCCAUGUAGAAUAUGUUAUUAAUAUUAUUUUAUCAAUUAUAAAUAUAUAUAGGAAUCAAUUUUUAUUUGAUACAAAUUUCCGAUUUCUUUUAUAUGAAUUACAUCAGUUAAUUAUUCCACAUCUUAAAAAUAAUGCAGAUGUAUGUAUAUUUAACCAAACAACUUUGAAUUUUUUAUCUAAUGCAAUUAAUGAUGAUGAAAUAAAUGGAGAAUUAAUUUUUGACCUUAACAAUAAAGAAAAGGAAGACAAAUUGAAACAUGACCAAAUUGAGAAACUAACUUGA